AUGGCUCGAAGACAACACAGCCAGCUCCGUCCAGUCAAAACCAGCAUUGUGGCCUCGCCAGUGUCCAAAAGAUGGGCUUCAAGUGCCGGCUCGCCGAUCGCGAUGAGCUCCGUCCCCUUUCCAAGCCCGACUAUUGUGGCAGCUCGUGCCUUCUAUCUUGAACAGGAAGCAGCACUGGGUCUAAGUCCGUGUGCUCUCCAACGGCGUCAAAGCUCAUAUGAAGCAUACCAGUUCCCAAGGCGGCAUUCUGCUGUGGCUGUGCCUGCCGACCUGGCGGUGCGGUUAGCAACCUUCACAUUCGCUUCCCCGACGUUGCAAACGGUCACAGAAAUAUCAGAGAAGGAGUCUAAAUUCAAAGCCGAGGAAUCGGAUGACGUCCAAAUGACCAGCGACGAGAUCAGGCAGAAUGACCUUGUUAAGAUCAGGGCAAUUACAUCUAGAAGAUCCUCGACCGUCUCUACAAGUUCCGCCCGAGAUGUACCAUUUCUCUAUAUCCAUGACCGUCUACGGGACUGGGGAAGUGUGUAUCUCGGAAAUGUUGCAACUGCAGAUGUCUUUGUCAAUGCUGUGAGUCUCCGUCUGCCCAGCAUGACUUCUGUCAGUGAGGAAGAGGCGGAAGCAAAAUCUGCUUCAUCGAAUCUCGUCACAAUACGGGCAAGGGUCUUGCCAAAGGCCAAGGAGCGAAAACCCUUUAUAAUCCAAAGGCAAUUUGACAUUGAUGAGCUUCGGAAAAGCAUACCCUCUAUUCCGAGGUCAAAAUCCGAAGAACCCACGCCUCGCCUUAGGCGCUCAAGUCGACACCGCCGAACUGCAGCACUGCAGGCCGGGAAUGGUGGGCAACGAAGGAAUAGUGAGUACCGUCAUGAGGAGAAAUUGUCCUCUCUCGGGAAAGGCGCAGUGCCACUUCAUGUUGAAUACGCUCUCCAUUACCUCCCCGUUCUCGGUGCAUUACUACUUUCCGGCCACGUGCGAAAAGGGGACUCGGUCGAUCUGCCUAUACCACGCCCUGAAGUGUGGCCUGAGGUCGUCUCCUACAUUUAUACCAGCCAACCGGCGCUCACCGCUGCCAUGAAGGAAAACAUUCUUUUUUUGGCUGGUAAUUGCUCUGGUUGA